AUGUUUACUUGGUUACGUACAGACGUCAGAGCGCACACAUCGUAUCCCAGCAUGCAGCAGGAGGCCGUUGAGAGAUCCAGCAGCUGGUAGUGAGUUGCUAGAGCGCCCAUCAGGCACCAGCCAACGGUCAACACUGAACACACAUUUCUCCAUGUGAGAACAUCUGAGCCGUCUACCUCACAGGCGACUGAAAAAUAAUGCCGUUCGGACGCCCGACGUGUUACCGCAGCGGCUUUUGAGUCAUCAUUGUCACCAGGUUUUCAUUUUGGAGGAUUCCUCCCUCCAUCCUCCCGGAUCGCACCGAACAGGCAAUGACAACGGUCUCGGCUACCCCGCAGCAGAUGAGGGACCGGCUGCUGCAGGCCGUCGACAGUCACAGCAAUAUAUGCAAUAUGGUGGCUGUAUUGGAAGUAAUUACCGGUCUUGAAAAGUAUCCUAUCACCAAAGAAGCACUUGAGGAAACUCGACUUGGAAAAUUGAUCAAUGAUGUAAGGAAGAAGACCAAGAACGAAGAUCUUGCUAAGCGUGCUAAGAAACUCUUGCGGGCAUGGCAAAAGCUGAUUGAACCUGGGCCAGCUGUGGCUGCCAGCGCCCCUGGCUCUACCAAUGGCAGUUCUCAUCCCUGCAGAACAGAUGCCUCUCCUCCUGACAUUUCUGUGUCCGGGAAGGGUGUCCCUGAAGUCAAAAUCAGAAACGAUGUUCACAACACAUACUCGCCAAAAGCGGAGAAAACCAGCAGCCGCAAACGACGAGCAGAGCACAGGGACAGUGGAGUGCACUUACCGGAAAAAAUCUCCAAGAUGUCUUCGUUUGACGUCUCGGUUUCCCCACCGCCCACCAAUGGGAUUGCAGGCAGUCCUGAUGCCCUGCCCGACCAGCAAGUCGUCUCGUCUCCUGACCGAUCUCGGAUAGAGCACCUUGAUAAUGAUAAAAUCAACAGAAUUCCGGUUAAUGCUGUCAAGCCUCGUCCUAGCUCCCCCGGAGUGGCCAAACUACCUAGCACUUCCUCUAUGAUUAAGGUCGCUGUGAUGCAGCAACAGACCAGACUGGAGGAAGGAGGUGGAGGGGGGUAUUAUCAAGCCAAAAGUCCCCGUGGCCUCACUUCCAGUCCAAGGAGCAUGAAGCAAGAAACGGUGAACAAGCGCUCUUCAGCAUAUGCACCAAAAGGAACACCUAUCCCAAGCCCUUCCUCUACGGACUCUCCCUUGUCUUUGUCCCAGCCCGUAUCCUCCCCAGCCCAAGCAUCAUCCGCUGACAAGCUGCCAAACUCUUCUCAUAGGUCUUCAAUGCACUGGACCAGUUCGUCAGAAGUCCCCACUCAUUGUCCACCACAAGAUACAUCUUCAACACUGGAAUCCCCAUCGGUCUCCCCUUCGCCGUCUCAUCCGCAACACAACUCAGAACUACACAGACCAACAUCUGAGGGGACCGUGCCCGUGUCUGAUAACAAAGACGGGACAACGAUUCCCAACUCUGAGCAUAAAAGAAGGAAGUACAGGUCAAGAGACUACUCUGUCAACCUAGAUGGCCAGAAAAUAGAGGACACGACUAAACCUGUACGAUUAAAAGAACGCAGGUUAACAUUUGAUCCUGUCACAGGUCAGAUCAAACCUAUGGUACAUAGAGAGCCUUCUCAAACAGAGGAAGCCUCCACUCCUGACCUUGCUGAGUCCAGGCAGAGAACUGAAAGCACUGUACAACGGCCCGCUGCUCCGACCCCGGUCCCGGCCCCGGUUCUAGCCCCGGUCCCAACCUCGGCCCCAGGUCCCAGCCCCAAUCCUUUCCAUCAAACAAACUGGAAGGAACUGUCCAGAAAUGAAAUCAUCCAGUCCUACUUGAACCUUCAGAGUAACGUGCUCAACUCCUCUGGGGUCCAGGCCCCGAGUGCACACUUUUUCAUGUCAGAGUAUCUGAAAAGGGAAGAACAGGAGAUCAAGGACUCACGGAAGAUACACGUUCUGCAGACGGACAGCUCAGUAGGGGAUUUACCGGGUUUGAGUCGGGAGGUGACGGACGGGGACCUGGACCGGGUUCACACGCAGCGCUGGCCAGGGGUGAAUGGUUGUAAUGACACCGAGGGCACCUGGUAUGAUUGGACAGAGUGCAUAUCAUUGGACCCGCACGGGGAUGGAAGCAAAUUGAACAUCCUGCCAUAUAUUUGCCUAGACUGAGGGGUUUUGGGAAGGUUGCUGUCUUUCUCCACUCCUUUCUUUUGUCUCCCCCAAAGAGAUGAGAUACUUUGUGAUUUUGUUUGUCCACUGAGUUUGGCGGAAGCCAUACCUGCUAAACUCCCCCCACCCCCCAUGCCUCCUCCUCCUCCUCUUUCUGUGAUAAUCUAAUUACAUUUUGAUUUAAAAAAAAGUCAAGAUUAAAAGAAUAGUUAAGUUUGUAAUA